CUGAAAAAAAAAAACUAUAAUACAAAUGGCUUCCGCUACGCAAUAUUGAACUUGUUAUAUUGUUUAGCGUUACAAUUGUAUUCUACAUUAGAAUCUAUUCUCAUUAUAUUGCAACUGAACUAGUAGCUUUUAGUGAAGUGUCGGCAUUUGAAAUAUUUGUGUUUAUUUCACCGUACAUACGUUUAUCUUGUAUUUAUUGGAAUGCGUUUGCUAAAGUUGUGAGUGUGAAAAAAUAACAUGACUCAGUUCUUGCCGCCGAAUUUGCUCGCGCUGUUCGCGGCGCGGGACCCUAUCCCGUAUUUGCCGCCGGCAGCGAAGCUCCCGCAUGAGAAGAAACAAAAGGGCUACGAUGGCGUUGGUGCAUUUCUCAAUAUAUUUGAGCACCCGUCGGAGACGCCGCCGCCGACGCGCGUGGAGACGCGCGAGGAGCGGCUGGAGCGGCGGCGGCGCGAGCGCGCCGAGCACGCCGCCUACCGGCUCGAGCAGCACAUCGCGCUGUGGCAGCCCGCCGCCGCCGCCGCCGCCGCGCCCGCCGCCACCGCCGACCCCUUCAAGACGCUCUUCGUCGCGCGCAUCAAUUAUGACACAUCGGAGUCGAAACUACGGAGAGAGUUCGAAGGAUAUGGACCAAUCAAAAAGAUAUGCAUGGUAUACAACAAGGAGAACAACAAGCCGCGCGGCUACGCCUUCAUAGAGUACGAGCACGAGCGCGACAUGCACUCGGCAUACAAACACGCGGACGGUAAGAAAAUCGACGGCAAGCGUGUGCUGGUGGACGUGGAGCGCGCGAGGACCGUGAAGGGCUGGCUGCCGCGGAGACUUGGCGGCGGGCUGGGCGGCACGCGGCGCGGCGGCGCGGACGUGAACAUCAAGCACUCGGGCCGCGAGGACAACGAGCGCGAGCGCGAGCGCUACCGCCUCGAGCAGCGCGACCGCGACCACCAUCACCGCGCCGACCGCGCAGGCGCUGGCGGCGCUCGGCGGCGGUCUCGCUCGCGCUCCCGCAAGCGUUCGCGCUCGCGCUCGCGGCGCCGCGAGCGGCCGCGGGACGCCGACGACGACAGACGGCGACGGCGCUCGCGCUCGCGGUCGGAGCGGCGGCGCGCGCGGCGCGACCAGGAGCGCGACAAGAGGCGCGCGCGCCGCGACCGCGAGCGCCGCGACCACAAGCUCAAGCCCGAGCACGUCAAGGUCAAGCAGGAGCCGCUCGACGACUACCCGGUGUUCAGCCUGCAGCCGCUGGACGUGCAGAUCAAGCAGGAGCCGCACGACGACGAGAACAAGUACAACCCGGAGGAGGCGAACGGAGACGACUACGCGUACUGAGCGGCGGCCGCCGACCAUGGACGCUCUAUGCUUACAUUAUAUGGAUACAGCGGCCACUGGCAAAAGCGGCUCAACAUUGCACCAGCUCGGCUUUUUCUAUCAGUGUUCUAUAUACUUCACGCGAUGUACCUUGACGUGUACCUAUGUUUAAUUAUUUAAUAAACAAAAAAUGAGAG